AUGGCAGUUCUGGUCAACUCGUAUGUCUGGCAAUUGAUUGUGUUGGCGCUGGUGUGCCUGGCCUGUACGUUCGCAACGGCACAGCCGGUGGGAAUUCUCGGGCUCGAAACACAGGGAUUCAACGAAAGCCCGUAAGUGGAAUGGAGAACGAGAACAACGGGGUUUCAUGUGAUUCUGAUGAAGUAACAAGGGUAGAAUGACAAAAAGAAAACCUUCAGAAUAUGGGACUAGGCAGAAAGGAGCGAUUGAAGGAACUAAACAGGAGACUGGCAAUGUUAUGUCAGCAAGAACAGCUCAAUAAAAAAUAGGUCUAAACAUUCAUGGGGGCUUGAACAAACACAAAAAUUGGCAUGACAAAAAACAAUUACUGUUAGAAUCUUGCACUAGAUACUGUAGUGUCACUGAAAGCCUGUCAGAAUAACAUGUUUUUAUUGUAAAAAACAGCCAAAAUAAGAGUUUGAAGGGUCCUAUGUCUUCAAAUAAUGAUUUAUUAAGUCAUCGUUUCGAUUAAAAGCAGCCGUUAUUGAACUAUUUCCAAAAAUUAACCUGACUUCUUUGCAGAUUCGAACAAAUCCAACUGCGAGAGCGAAAGUCGAACAACCUCCGCAACCUGAUGCGCAUCGGUCGUCGAACCCCGGCCGAUCAGCCCAUCGUGCCGGGCUUCGAAAUGCGGCAGGCGCCCCUCGACUACGCCCAAUUCUUCCGGCCGAACGCCGCCAUCUUCUGA